GCAGAGCAAGAUGCGAUGCAACCAUAUAGUGACGAUACAGCGUGGCGCCGCGACGCUGGAGAAGCCGCCAGACUAUGACUCCGUGACGGGGGCGGCGCCUCCUAGCUACGAAGACGCCAUCAAGCUCAGCCCGGCUCACCUAGUCUUGGACAGCAGUGUGGUGGGUGACACAGUGAAAGUUGAUGGCGAAGGGCAGUCCCAGUCUGGAACGUCGAACGUGGGUUGUGGCAGCAGAGUCGCAGUCUACCAGCGUCGUGUGCCAAGUCCACUCCAAGCCCGACUCCGGCAGCUCGGACGAGAGUUUUCAGACAACUUCGGCACUCGAGUGCUGAGGAUAAGUCGGAAGUUCCUGAGGCGCCCCAAGAGUGGGCAGGACGUGGAGGACCCUCGAACACCCCAGGAGCAGGAUGGGAACAUAGCACCUGACGUGUCAGUCAGGUGAACUCCUGUAGACCUCCUGGGAGUCGAAGCAGCACUGGCAGCAUCUCUCCAGUGCCAUUGUGAUAUAGUUUGUAGUCAAGACUGAGGCGAUCAUAGGUCCUCUGGGCCGUGAUAGAUUUAGAUGGACCAACUGAUGAUAAUAGUCUGAUAUUUUAUAGACUUUUAGGGUAAAGUUGUCUUAUGGUGGAAAAACUUGUUCCACUUUGCGAUAUGUAGGAAAUAUCCACUGUAUGCCUUAAGAAUUUGUCUUUUUAAAGUUCUGAAAGCUAUAAAAAUCUCUAUUAUUCUGUUCAGGGUCAAAGUCCAAAAGGAGUCUAAUCCUCCUGAGCUUUGUAAGCAUAUUUUUUACAUUAAAAUAACAAUAAAAUGUGUAAACAAGUCAAUUCUGGUAAAAAAAGGAAAUUAAGGAGGUAGAUUCAUCCCAAUGAAUUAAUUUUUUUAAAAUAUUUUAAAGUUUAAAAGAGCAAAGUAAAACCUGCACUUAAAAAUUGUUGAUUUGUUUCAUGGAGAGCAUUUAUUCACAAAUUAAAAACAAAUUCAGCAAUAAUUCAACAAUGAUUUUCUUACUAAUCAAUAGAAUUCUUUAAUUAAACAAUUACUGAUUGUAAAUACUUCAGUUUAAUUAGAAACUGUAUAUAGUCUACCAACUUAACAAGUAUGCAUUUCUUAAGUGUGUUCCACAGAAAUGAGAAAAGAUAUGCAUUGUUUUUGGCAUAUAGCCUUAUGAAAGUGCAAUUCGCUGGGCGAUUAUGAAAUCGUUGGUUUUAAAUGUGUACUUGAUGAAUUUUUAAUGUAACAUUAUUUUUUUAUGUACAGUAUUGUAAUAUAGACUAGUAGAUUUUUUUACUAAUAGAAAUAAUCAUCUCAUCUAUAGCAAUUUACUGUCACAUUAAAUAAUUUAUUUGUAAAUAUGAUGUAAGGCGUGAGAUAGUCAAUUAUUUUGAAUUUAGAUGUUGAAACACUGAUAAAUCUAGUCAUGUAGUUUCCUAAAUUUAAAUUCUAGUUUGUGAACCAUGUACUGUUACAAGUGUUCUUAAUAAUUGAUUAAAUAAAAUUUAUAUAAUUUGUAA